AUGACCCCCACCCUCACCAUCCUUUCAGGCCCCCAGACAUGUCCACGGAAAAAAUACAUCAAGAAACCCCCAAAGUGUAUGGACGAAAAUAAGACCAUUAACCUUGCAGCGGCCAAGGUCAUUGUGUUAUUAACAAGAAGCAUCCUGAGAGGGGCUCGGAAAAGGUUUGUGUACAGCCAUGAAACCCUAGAAGCCGCAGUCCAGCACUUGCGUCAGAAGAACCACUCUCUGUCAUGGGUGAGUAAGCACUAUGGUGUUCCACGAUCCACACUCUCGGCCAGGCUUAAGUCCCCUCACCCCCUGGCCAGGAAGAUGACAGGUAAGGGAACCGCCUUGCCGUAUGAGGAGGAGGAGGCCAUCAAGAAGUGGAUCUUGGAGAUGAGCACUAAGGAGGGCACACAGGCCUGGCAGACCAUAGCCAGGACAGUUCAGGAAGUGCUAAAUGAACGAGGGCUUAAAGUGUUCAAGAACAAUAACAAGCCAACGUCUGGCUGGCUCCAAGCCUUCCUGAGGCGUCAUCCCGAGCUCAGAAAGAUACGCAUGGUACUGGACGGACAGGCAUUGUGGGGACCCACCAAAAAAUAUGGAUAG